GGCCAACAGAGUGGACUAAGUCUGGUUCUUAACCCCAGGCAGAACUGAGUUGGGUCAGCGCCUACGCCAGUGUUCUGGGUUUGUUUGUUGAUGAAGCAGUGUGUGUGUGCUCAGUAAUCUGCCUUCAUGCAAGACCAAGGCCCAAGCUGGGGAAAAUGUCCUCAGUGUGUCUUUGUUUUGUUAAUAAGCUUUUCCUCUGCCCCGGGAAUUAACACUCUUUCCACUUUGGCCCAAUUAGAUCUAAGGCAGGGCCUCUCUGAAAAGGCCAUUCUUUGAGGUCUCUGAGUGGAAGUGAUUGGUUCUUAAAAAGGUUCCUGAUUAUUGAAGGCUUAUUGUGAAGGCUGCCACAGUACUUCACCCUCCAAAAUGCUAAGGGAUAGUUUUGGUAACGGUUCAGACUCUAAAAAUGAGGACGGCUCGGUCUUCUCGCAGACGGAACACAACAUCGUGGCGUUGUACCUCAUUCUGGCAGGCCUGAUAAGUGUUCUCAGCAACAUAAUUGUCCUGGGCAUCUUCGUUAAGUACAAGGAACUUCGGACACCGACGAAUGCGAUUAUUGUGAACCUGGCUUUGACGGACAUCGGGGUCAGCAGCAUUGGCUACCCCAUGUCUGCUGCUUCAGACCUGCAUGGAGGUUGGAAAUUUGGAUACGCAGGCUGUCAGGUUUAUGCCGGGCUGAACAUCUUUUUCGGAAUGGUGAGCAUUGGGCUGCUCAUGGUUGUAGCUGUGGAUCGCUACCUGACCAUCUGCCGGCCUGACGUAGGCAGAAGACUGACCUCCAACAGUUACAUUGGCAUGAUCCUGGGUGCCUGGAUCAAUGGCCUGUUUUGGGCUUUGAUGCCCAUCAUAGGAUGGGCUGGUUAUGCCCCAGAUCCUACGGGGACCACCUGUACCAUAAACUGGAGGAAAAACGAUGUAUCUUUUGUGUCUUACACGAUGGCAGUGAUUGCAGUAAAUUUCAUCUUGCCCUUGGCAGUGAUGUUUUACUGCUAUUUUCACAUUGCUCGAUCCAUCAAAUAUCAUUCGACUGAUAACUGCCCAACGUUUCUCAACAGAGACUGGUCAGAUCAGGUGGAUGUAACAAAGAUGUCUGUGGUGAUGAUUCUGAUGUUUCUGGUGGCCUGGUCCCCUUACUCCAUCGUGUGCUUCUGGGCUUCUUUUGGUGACCCGAAGAGGAUUCCUCCCUCCAUGGCCAUCAUAGCCCCACUGUUUGCAAAAUCUUCCACAUUCUACAACCCUUGUAUUUAUGUUAUUGCUAAUAAAAAGUUUCGGAGGGCAGUCUGUGCCAUGUUCAAAUGUCAGGCUCACCGAGCAGUGCCCGCGAUGAGCACUUUACCAAUGGUUGCAUCUCAGAGCCCAUCAGCUUCUGGAUGAAUCUGAAGUGAGAGAAAAGCACACGCGAUCAAAGCAUUUUGUUUGUGCAGUGGUUUCUUUGCAGUGCUUUGUUUAAAUAGGAACCUCUUUAGACUGAGCGUAGCUGGUGGUCGCUGCCCUAUUGAGAUUCAGGUUCUUCCUGUGCUCCCUCGGUCCUCGGGCUGGUUUGCCGGGUGCUGUGACGCUUCUCUCCCUAACCCUAUCCUGGUCACUCAUCUCCUCUGGUGAAUCAGUGCACGGGACACGUCCCUUUCUUCCUCUCUGUCGUGGCACACGUUGCACUGUAUCGAUGCUCUGUAAUUUGCCUGGAGUCUCCAGGCCACAGUUUUAAUCUUAGAAUAAAUUAAUAAUAAUCUCCAUAAAUCAUUACAGAAAUGAAUUGGCAGAAAUGUCCCCAGCUAGAGUAAAAAGCAUUUUUAGCACUGCAAAAAUGUGCACUCAACUAUUAACUGUUGUUUUUAAAAAAAUCAAAUGAACAGUAAACAUGAUUGCUUUUAAACUGUGUCAGUCACCACAUACCCAUAUCUUCUAUGGCUGUACGUGUGAUCUCUGAGUUUCGUUAUGCAUUCUGUAAUUUCAGCUCCAUCCUUCUGUACAUGUAAUUCCAUAUAGCUGCCACUUGCUAUGGCUGUGUCUGGAGUUCCCCCAGUGCCUCCUGCAGUCACAGGCGGGGAUUUUCAGAGGCACCUGGAUCUAGAGUGUGUGACGCUGGGAUUGAUUCAUGGUGCAGUGCUAGGCUCAGGGCACUGGGAUUAAGGGUGUGAGCGCGGCCCGCCCUGAGUAGCCUGGACGAGAUAAAAGGGGCAGGCUGUUAAGGCUUCCUGUUGCUUUGCUGUCGUCUGCCCUCCAUGAACUAUUCCUCCUCGGCCACGCCAUGUUGCUUUGUAGCCAGCCGAGUAUGGACUGAGACCUUUACACACUAUGAGCUAAACCUUUCCCCCUUUAAUUUUAUGUGUCGGUAUUUUAUCUCAACAUGGAGAGAAAAGUAGCUAAGCCACCACUAAAAGGAAGUUUAAUCAGAGAAGGGUUUUUUUGUAUGCUUAUUUUCUCAUGUGUUCUUAGCAUAUGGGCAGUGUAUCGCAUGGUUAAUAUUUCUGAAUAUCACAUUCUGCCUGGCAUGUAGUAGGCAUUCAAUAAAUACAUGUCAAAUGUUGAAUGAAUUUA